AAGCGCCACGAUUUACAUCUGAAUAUUUGAUAGGGAAAUAGAGGGAGAGAGAAGGGGGGAGUGUGUGUCAGAAAGAGUUCACAAACUUUCCCCCAAAGUUUGUGUAGGCUUUCACUUUCAGCUCGAGGCGGGGUUAGUGGUACAGCAUAGAGUGAGCGCGAGGGGCACAGCGGAGCGUUUUGCAAUGCAGUACCACAUGCAGCGGACUUCCAACUUCUAUCCAACUUGAAUAAGAUUCCACUUUAUGAACUCUAAAAUAACCAUGUACUCCCCUUACUGCUUGACACAGGAUGAAUUCCACCCGUUCAUCGAGGCCCUGCUGCCCCACGUCCGAGCCUUCUCCUACACAUGGUUCAACCUGCAGGCCCGCAAGCGCAAGUACUUCAAGAAGCACGAGAAGAAGAUGUCCAAGGAGGAAGAGCGUGCAGUCAAAGAUGAACUGCUGGGAGAAAAAUCCGAGAUCAAACAGAAAUGGGCGUCGAGGCUCCUUGCCAAGCUUCGCAAGGACAUCCGGCCAGAGUUCCGGGAGGACUUUGUCCUCACCAUCACCGGGAAGAAAGCCCCCUGCUGCGUCCUCUCCAACCCCGACCAGAAGGGUAAGAUCAGGAGGAUCGACUGUCUGCGCCAGGCUGACAAGGUGUGGAGGCUGGACCUGGUGAUGGUCAUCCUGUUCAAGGGCAGCCCCCUGGAGAGUACGGACGGAGAGCGUCUGGCCAAGUCGCCCCAGUGCUCCAACCACGGCCUGUGUGUCCAGCCGCAUCACAUCGGGGUCUCCGUCAAAGAGCUGGAUCUCUACCUGGCCUACUUCGUCCAGGCACCAGAAUCUGGACAAUCAGACAGCUCCAGCCAACAAGGAGACACAGACAUCAAGCCACCGCCCAAUGGGCACCUGAGUUUCCAGGACUGCUUCGUCACCUCAGGAGUGUGGAACGUGGCUGAGCUCGUCAGGGUGUCACAGACUCCUGUAGCCACAGCGUCUGGUCCUAACUUCUCCCUGGCUGACCUGGAGAGUCCUGGCUACUACAACAUCAACCAGGUGGCUCUGGGGCGACGCUCCCUCGCAUCCCCCCCUUCCACCAGGUACAUGUCUGAGGUCGAGCUGUACGCAAACCUUCCACGGAGCUCUAACAAGAGGAAGUCGUUAGACGACAGUGAGCUGGAGAGCCCCACGGACGACGUCUUCUACCCCGGACGCUCCCCAGCCGCAGGCUCCUCCCAGUCCAGCGGCUGGCCCAACGACAUGGAUGCAGGUGGAGACCUUCAUUCCCCAUCCCCAAGCUCACACCAUGUUGACCGUCACCUGAUAAUGCAGCACCAUUUGGCCAGUGUGCAGGAGAGGAAGAUAAAACAUGAACACGAUGGAGUGCAGUUUCCUUACCAUGGACUGUCCUCGCCUGGUUCUCUUAAGAAGCCGGGGAAGUUUGAUUUCAACGCCCUGUCGCCCCAGACGAGGUCCCCCCGCAUGACGUUCACACACCACCCGCUGCCCGUGCUGGCAGGAGUGAGACCAGGGAGUCCCCGUGCCUCAGCGUCAGCUCUCCACUUCCCCUCCUCCUCCAUCAUCCAGCAGUCCAGUCCCUACUUCACUCACCCCACCAUCCGCUACCACCACCACCAGGACCCGCUCAAGGAGUUUGUCCAAUUCGUCUGCGCCGACGGCUCGGGGCAGUCCGGGGGACAGGUGAGAGCAUACUCCACGGCAGGCUCCACAGCUCCCAACAGGUUUGUCAGCAUCGGAGCACGGGACAACUUUCUGAACAUCCCCAGCAGUCUCAGUCUUGGUUCCUCUGACAAGGCCUCCGACUCAACCGCUAGAAUUGUGUCAUGAGAAAAUUGGGAAUGGAAAAACAACACAACACACAAAACAAACCAACACUGACUACAAACAAACUGCUGACACUAAAGUAUUUUUGCUCAACAACCAACAACACAAAAACAGAAAAUAACCCCCCAGAAGAAUACCCAUUUCCACGAUUUGAACAUUUGAACCGGAACAACCAUCUCCCUAUACAGAAGGCUGAAAAGAGAUCGGUUGAAGUGGACAGACUCAGAACGAACGACAGAACGAGGAAGAAGAGGAGGAAGAAAGAUGAGGAAAUGUCACACACAAAACAUGUCAGAAAGCAAACAAAAAUAUGCAACCUGACAACUAACUGACCAAUUUCGUUGUAUUGUUGUUUUUAUAUUUUAUUUUCACAAUGAAACUCCAUGCAAUGGCUCGGAGAUCCACCCACACACAACAGUGUAAAA